GGUCUCCGCGUGCGUGAUGUUCGCGGUGUAGUACGUUCGCACGUCCGGAUAAUGAGACCCUACCGGAUGCUUCACGGACUGGCUGCGGGAGCGUUGUCGCGGCGAGAUUAUAAGCGGUGCACUUUUGAGUGCUUCUGAGUCGAGCCGUCCGCUGCGUGCGGAAUGUCGCUGGAGUCGGUCAGCGCAGCCAUAGCGCGGACUCUGCCCACAGUCAGCGCGUCGCGUACAGCGCAGCCGCCUCCGACGAGUCUCGUGCAACGCCAGUGGGACGUCCGAAAUGCUGCCAGUAUGUGAAACGAUUCGCAGCUGUUAAAAAUGCAUGCACACCGCGUCGGUGGACGCGUCCGGAAGAGCACGGACACUCCGCGCACUUGGAUGGAUGCGGGCGCCCAUCCCGACAGGAGGAGAAACUGCCAAGUCUCUAAGUCGCCCACCACCGCCGCAGUGAUCUCUGCCAUGAUCGCCGCCGGACCUCACCCGCUCGCUCCUGCUCUGGCGGCCAUUCUCUGCACAUUAGUCAGCUCCGAUGUCAUUUCCGCGCGACACCUCCGCAGGCCCGCGGUGUUCCGUCCCGCAGUUGUUGCUUCGUGCACCAAGAUGAUGGAGCCAUACCGAACACUUCGUGUCGUGGUCGCAGGAGAGUCACCCCUGCCUGCCAGAGCGAAGAUGUGGGCAGUGCACUUGCGAGCGCAAUAUUGGACCCGUCCGCCGCAUACUGCCGGAAGUCGAUCGCGUGGGUCGUCGCGACCCUGCCGCCGCAAAGCUACCUGCAAGCUCGGAAUGUCGACACUCAGCGCAUUAUGUACAGCUCGACUUCUUAAGAUGACUCCCGUGCAAUGGCGAACAGACGCCCGAAACGCGAAGUCGGGGAUGGAUGUCGCCACCGCAGACACUGCGAGUCUAGGUGGCAAGUUGGAUGUUUGUGCCAAGUAUCCUCCUCCUCAUAGGCCUCGGCGACAAGGAAAGCCUGCCUGGACACCUUUGCAGGACCAUGGAUGGCCCUCAUUGGGUGCGGAAGACUGUGAGACCCGCCGCGCACUCGGAUGGACGCGGGCGCCUAUUCCGACAGGAGUCGAACCUGCAAAGGGCCUGCGUUGUCGCCGGUCGCCUUCUGCCACUCCUGCGCGUCCUGGCUCUACGGAGUCCUCGCUGCGUCUCCACGCUCUCCCGGUGCAUUUCUGCCCGCCAAACUGUCUUAACCUCUACGAUGCCCUGAUAGCUGUGUUUCCAUCAUGCGUGAACACAUGCGCGCAUUUGCUACGCGGCAGCGGAGAAAGAACAGCUCGGCGAGUGUGGGCGCCUAUCCCGCCGACCUGCGAACCGUCCAAGUCUUGCACAGUGGGUCUCUUUGGUUCCGCCACCUCUCUCACAUCUCGCAUGGUUGCCGUUCGCCCCCGGUGGCCGCAGAACGCGCCCGGAACAUCCAAAUCUGUUGCACAUGUCCGCUCCGAAGUGGCGGACAUGGUCUUCGACUUUGCGUGAUCGCAGUGAUGUUCGCUUGGGGCGUGGAACAUCUCUGAGCGCACUCUGUGCUCAUCGGCGCCGUGCUGCACAGGCCAAUGCUCGUCUACUUCACAAAUAGGCCCGCAACACGUUCCGAGGACGCUGGCGCUUAGAUACAGACGGCUCGGAAGUUCGACGUGCUCAAGUCGUGACUUCCCGGCACCGUACAUGCCCUGCAAGCGUUUACUAUGGUGCUCUCGCGGAUACUACUCUUCAGCAGCUUGAAGUUGGUAUGCGUAUCGUGAUUUGAGCUCGAUCGCAAACACUGGAGCUAUGUGCAGGUGCGCUGCACUCACCACACAUACUCCCAGCUGCGAGCCCGCUAGAUCGAGGCCUUUGCGAAGUAGCCAUCACCAGCAAGAGUAAGCGGCUACUUGAUGCCACCCUAGCGUAUAAGACGCUCCAGGGAGGUGUGCAGGUGUUGCGUGAGUGUGC